AUGGAAGAGAUGGAGACUGUCUACAUUAUGUAUGAUGGCGAACAAGAUUCCUGUCUAUACAAACUCAUUGGUAACUUGACGCAUAGUACGAAAGUUCAGUUUAUGGGAGAAGAUGCAUUUCUGGAUGACAUGACAUCAGUUAUUGACAGCCUGGUCCAGCAGGAGAAUAUUGAUAUGAUGCGGAGAACGCUCAACUUUGUCCUGUUCUGCUCGGCCAGAUGUAUUCAACAAGCUCUUGCCACGGGCUGUACAACAAGCUCUUCCUAUGGUGAGACCACAAACAUUAUUGCCAUGGCAGGGCUGUACAACAAGCUCUUCCUAAGCCCGAGCACGAUAACGCUAAAGCACACCGCGAGCUACACAGAACAGUGGUUGUCGGACGAAAAUGUUGGCAACAGCCCAGAUCUCAACCCUCUUGAGAAUGUGUGGGGACUAAUGAAGGGGCUGGAGCUUGAUAUAAAGGUCGGCAAGAAGUCGGUGUUAAGACAUUUCUCCAAGUGGAUUCUCAUUCCAAAGGAUGACACGGGCAUUGCUGUCACAAAUGUGACGUAUGACAAUGUUAUCUCAUUGAGCCAUAACAAGAAUAGAACGAUACAGGAGGUUGCCACCCUCCUUUGGGUGAAGGAAGGUCGACAGUGGGAUAUUGUUGACAGCGGCAGCACUAUCAGGCUGAACAACUCAACCCUCUUCCCCAAUACGAGAUACGGCCUCAAUGGAAGAAACCUUAUAGUUGUGGCGCUUGAGUGGAAGCCCUUCUCUGUAAAGGAGCGAGGGAGUGACGUCAUUGACUAUAGUGGUAUAUCCGGUGAAUACAUGAACUACCUUUCAAGACGAUUCAAUUUCAGUUACAUGUACACCGAGCCCCAAGACAACUUGUGGGGUCACAAGACCGAAGACGGCAAUUGGACGGGAAUUGUAGGGGUGCUCCAGAGAGAGGAGGCGGACAUGUGUUCUGUUCCCUAUGCCUUUAACGUUGAACGUGCUAAGGUGAUGGAGUUCACGUACCCUGUACUCAUUGAAUACUCAACAGUGAUGUAUAAAACAUCGGAGGAUAAAAACAAGACAUGGAAAGUGUUGAUCUCUUGCUUCAAAUGGGAGGUCUACGUUGUUGGAGUUGCUGUGAUGCUCGUCGUGGGAUUGCUGUACUCGUGUUUGCUUAGGUUAACCCCUAAUCAAUCAAAAGAUGUGCGAACAAUGAGAAAAGACUUUUGCUCUAAUGGCCUUAUGGUGGGAAUCAAGCCCCCACUGCAUCAGUCCUCAGAGGAAAUACCUGUGUUUGACUCCGGACGGAUUCUGUUCAGCUGCUGGUGGUUGUUCUGCCUCAUCAUGGUGGCUGUCUACAGAGGUAACCUGAUGGCCUUCCUCGCAGUCAGUAGAACAGUCGUCCCAUUCAGCACCCUGGAGGAGCUGGCAAACCAGGAUGUCUAUGACGUCGGGGCACCUGUUGGGAGUUAUCUUAGUUUGGCUAUAAUGAGCUCCAAUCAAACUACGCUGAAAACGAUAUGGAAGAAAAUAGAAAAAACACAUGCUGCUAGUCCGAAGUUUGGAGAUGGAGAUUAUCUGUACCAGCUGCAGCGGCUGCAUGAGGGAAACUUUGCAUACAUCCAGUCAAAUGUUGCUUCUGAUGUUAUCAUGAAUGGCACGUGUAAUCUCGCUAAGAUGAAGGAAGGCUUCCUACCAACUACAUCAAGCAUGCCAUUUCCUUUGCAUUCUCCUCUAGCGAGACUUUUCUACCCAGAAGUGUUGUCUGUGAUGGAUACGGGACUGUAUCCCAAAUGGUACGGGAAGUGGGUUCCAACCCAGGAGUCCUGUUCCGACAAGUCUAUAGCUGUUGGCGUUUCUGCACUGCAGAUACAUGACUACUACAGUGCUCUGGCAGCGAUCGCCGUCGGUGUAUCUGUUGCCGCCAUGGUGCUGCUAGGAGAGACGUAUUUCCUUGAAAUUAUGCCACAAAGGAACACCGCUAAAUGUAAAGAUACUUAG